AAAAAAUAGUAGUAUAAUUGUCCCCCGUCCAGAGAGAGAGAGAGAGAAAGUGAGAAGAAAGGCUCCUUUGUCUCGGACAAACAAAAAGAAAUCAAAGCUAAGAAAGUCUCUCACAAAGCCGCCUUCGGUGGUUCUAUUCUAGAGAAAGAAGUCACUUUUUUGUUAGUUUGCAGAGAGGAAGAGUAGGAAUAACUCAUCACCGGUGGAAUCUCAGCCGUUGAAUCAGAUCGGUGGAUAUAUAUAUAUAUAGAGAGAGAGAGAGAGUUGUGGUCUAAAUAAUUAGUAGUAGUAAGGAGUAGAUUUCUUGGGUAAAAUGAAGUUUUGAUAUUUUUCUGGGGAAGAGAGAAAAGUUUUAGUGGAAAAAAGGUUUCUUAGGAAAAGCUGAUUGACUGACUUCUUUGGUCAGCUGAAAAAAACAGAGUAGGAAGAGAGAGAGAAGAAGAAGAAAGAAGCUGUGAUUUUAUUGUUGGGGGGACAUGGCACCGGUUGAAUUAGAGAACUCAUCAACGGUUUCAGGGGAAGCAAGCGGCGUCUCCUCCACCGGAAACCUAAACCCACCUCCCAAGAAGAAACGUAACCUCCCCGGAAUGCCUGAUCCAGGGGCGGAAGUGAUAGCUUUGUCACCAAAAACACUUAUGGCAACGAACCGAUUCGUCUGCGAAAUCUGCAACAAAGGCUUUCAACGCGACCAGAACCUCCAGCUCCACCGCCGCGGUCACAACCUCCCCUGGAAGCUUCGUCAGAGAUCCGCCAAAGACGCUGUGAGGAAGAAAGUCUACGUCUGUCCUGUCUCCGCCUGCGUUCACCACGACCCUUCACGUGCUCUCGGCGAUCUCACCGGCAUCAAGAAACACUUUUGUCGGAAACACGGCGAGAAGAAGUACAAGUGCGAUAAAUGCUCCAAGAAGUAUGCUGUUCAGUCCGAUUGGAAAGCUCAUUCCAAGAUUUGCGGCACCAAGGAGUAUCGUUGCGACUGUGGAACCCUCUUCUCCAGGAAAGAUAGCUUCAUUACCCACAGAGCUUUCUGUGAUGUCUUGGCUGAAGAGACUGCCAAGAAUCAAACCAAUAAACUUUGUCCUCAACCUGACCUUAAAUCUCCACCACCGAAUGUUUCUGCUGAGACCGAGCCUGUCAAAAUCGCAUCUCCCUCGGUUCGGAGUUCUUCAGAAUCUCCCAACCCUCUUGAAGUCAUCAUGGAAGAAGCUCCAAGAACCAUCGGUUUCAACGUGAGCUCGUCGGUUAUAAGCGAUGAUGAUCGUAGUGGUAACAACAACUGCACUUCAAGAACCAUCGGUUUCAACGUGACCUCAUCGGGUCUAAGCGGUGAUCAUACUAGUAACAACAACAACAACAAUGGAAUAUACGCAGGCUUGUUUUCAUCGUCGACCGCUUCGCCUAGUUUAUAUGCUUCUUCAACUCCUUCCACAAGUCUAUUUGCACCACCGUCUUCCUCCAUGGAACCCAUAUCUCUCUGUCUCUCCACCAAUCCUUCUUUGUACGUUGGACCGACAAAGAUACAUGAUCCACCUCCGCAUUUCCUAACCCCUAUGAGUCUUCCUCCACCUCAACCAGCAAUGUCAGCAACCGCUUUGCUCCAGAAAGCUGCCCAAAUGGGUUCCACGGGCUCGGGUGGCUCCUUACUUCGCGGGUUAGGCAUUGUGUCGAGUACUUCCUCGUCAAUGGAACUCAGCAGUCACGAUCUUGGGCUGGGAUUACUACCGCCUUGUAGCAGCGGUGGGAGCGGAGGAUCGGGGCUGAAAGAGCUAAUGAUGGGGAACUCUUGCGUGUUUGGUCCGAAACAGACGACACUCGACUUUCUUGGAUUGGGGAGAGCUGUUGGUAAUGGAAGUAGUAAUCCCGUUGGUGGAGGGUUGUCAGCUCUGUUAACAUCGAUAGGAGGUGGGGGUGGGAUGGAUGUGUUUGGGACUGCGGGGGAGUUUCCAGGCAAAGACAUUGGUAGAAGUUUGUAAGAGAGAGAGAGAGAGACAUGAAAGUAGAAGAGUGUAGUAUAUAUUAUAUAGUUUAUAAGUUUGUUGUAUGUUUUUGGUAUUUUUUUGUUUUGUUUUUAGUGAAAGCAGCACCAGCAGCUCCUCUAGUGUUAAUUUUAAUCAUAAGUACAUAAAAGCUUCUAGCUAGUAAAAACAACAACAACUUAGUGUUU